AUGAGUAAUGAAAACCUAAACAACAAGACUUAUCAAUUAAAAUAUAAAAGCGUAGUAACAGAUAAAAAACUAUUGGUUGUAUUAUAUCAAGCAUAUCCUAGCAUCCCGGGAACUGAUAAUGAUGCGCUUGAGCCUGUAGCUUGGAUUAUAAACGAAGUUACUUACAAACAACCUGUUAGAGUUGAAUAUCAAGAGAAUUAUGAUGUUGCCAUCGUUAAUUACUUUGAUGAGGAUGAAAUCGGAGUGAUUAAAUCUUUCAAAUUCUGCCAACAGAAUUGGGACGUGCGGGCAAGAGUCGAAAGAGAAGAUUUUCGUGAAAUCAAAGGACUUCCUGUCAAUUCGAAAGUCGAUUUUGAAGUCUCGCCACAAUAUUAUUUGGGAAUUUUCGAGGGAAUUAAGGCAGGUCAAUUUCUACUACGAAAUUGA